ACCUAGCCAAAAUCUGAUAUCCUUCAAAAACGAUACAUUUCAUGUAUUGUGUGAUCAGAUGAUAGAAAAUCCCACAUCAACACAGCAUUUUAAAAAGUUUUCAGGUCAUAGGAUGCCCAACAUGUUGUAGGCAUCAAGUAUACUGAAAGUACAGGAUUUUGCUGUGUUUUCAUGGGACUUUCUUUUAUUAGAUCAAACAACAACGGAAAUCGGUAUGCAGCAAUAAAAAUACGUUUUUGUAUUGAAUUUUCAUGUGAAGAUUGGGUAACAAUGCUAAAAUAAAGGUGGUUUCAUAGGAAAAUUUUGUGGUAUCGACGAUAAAUAUCAGAUAUAUUUUGAACAAAAUUUUUAGUAAUAUUUUAAUAAAAAUUUUAAAAGAAGGAAUUACAAAUAGUUUUACAAAAUUCUAUAACAAAUAUUUUUGGUAGUAUAAGCCUAUUUUAUGACAACAUAACACUUUCUGUACAUGUACUUUUAUUAGGCCUACCCUUCUCGGGCCCCGAUACUGAAACAUUUCAUGUAAGAGUUAACAAACGUGUUCUGAAUUGGUUCUUGACUUGAGAACCAGUCAAGUGACUGAUUGAUGAAUCUCGAUGGGUAGGCGAUACCACUGUGAUUUUUGCGACAAAUCUUUCGCUGAUAACCCAGUUCAUCGUAAAAAUCAUUUGAAGGGGGUUCAGCAUCAACGGAAUAAAAAAGCUCACUAUGAUUCUUUCAGAAACCCAGAAAUUGUUCUUCAAGAUGAGCUUUCCAAGAGACCCUGCAAGAACUUCCUUAACACAGGCACAUGUAAUUUCAUGGACAAUUGUAAAUUCUCACAUCUGACUGAUAACAGGAAGGCUGAGCUAGAGAAACUAGUGGAAGAAAAACAAAAGGCCAAGGGAAAGAGGAAGAGUGAUUUGUUGGACGAGAGUGACCCAGAAAAGAAGCUGUCAGAAUGGUUAUCAAAAAGGUAUAAAAAGGAUGAACAAGUUCAUAACAAAGAGGAAGAGGACAAAGAGGAAGAGGCCCCCCUUUUACCAGUAUAUGAAAUUCCUCCUCAUGUGGCUCAGAUACCAAAUCCCCCUCCUUCCAUUCUGCCCCCUCCACCAGAUGUUCUUCGGGGAUUACAGUUUGUGGAUUGGGGUUGACCGGUAACUUGCCUAUGUGUGUUUUACAUUGUAUUUCACGGUGAAAUAAAUUCCUAGAUGACUUCCUGAGAAUUCGUCCUUACACAUGUCUAAGAUGUGAACUGGAUACAUCAUCACUGUGGGAAUGAACUGCGUACUGCUACUGUCCACUUUAGAAUUACAUGAACAGCAAUUGCCAGAAUUCAUGUCUAGAAGCUAUGACCCAACCGUUAAAAUAACCAAUCGUAUCAAUGGAGCAAAAUAUGUGAUUAACAUGUUGAUGAAUUUAUGGAUGAUUAAAUCAUAGAUAACAUGGGAUGAAUGAAAAUGAUUAGGCAAACUGUGAAAGUUCUGAUGUUAUUAUCGAUAAACCUGCUAUACAAUAUAUUUGUGGUAAUACAUGUGUUUGGGGGAUAAUGCAUGUAUUUAUGAUAGUUACUUUGUUUAUGCAUUUGGACUCUGUUGGUAGAAGUUUCUAAUAAAUACAUGUACAUGCAAA